AUGAUUUUAUCUCCCAGAUCAUUACGAUUGUUCAGCCUGCAAAACCCACUCAGGAAGCUGUGUAUCCGUGGGAUAGAGUGGAAGUGGUGGGAUCGGAUCGUGUUGUUUGUCAUCGCUCUCAACACCGUCCAGCUAGCCAUGAUUGACCCUUUUGACGUACUCUCGUUGAGCUGCUGGACCUGGAAGACCUGGCCUCCUGCAGGAAGGGAUUUCCUCGACUUGAUUGGAAAAUUUUUCUCUGCCUUCUUUGUUCUCGAGUGCGUUGCAAAGAUCAUAGCUCUGGGCCUGUUCUGGGGGUCAAAGACCUACCUGGCGGAGCUUUGGAACUGGUUGGAUUUUGUGGUUGUAAUAAUAGGUAUUCUGGAUUUUAUUCCCAGUGGAGGACAGGGCUCAGGAAAUCUAAGUGCACUGCGUUCACUGCGCGUUCUGCGGCCCUUGCGAGCUGUAAACAAGUUCCCUGAGCUCAAGUUUUUGGUGGUGCUCCUGCUGCAGUGCCUGCCAGCCCUGGGGAACGUCAUUGGCGUCUGCCUUUUUAUAUUCUUUGUUUUCGGCAUCCUCGGAGUUCAACUGUUCAGCGGUAAUUCAGCUUGCUUGCGGAGGGAGGAGGAAACUUUUGUGUCCGCGUCUGACGUGAGACUACCAACAGGUCACAGCGGGGGGAUGUUUCAAUGCUCCGUUGGACAAGAAUGCUUGCUCCUGGGGGAGAACCCGGGGCGAGGCGCCAUCAACUUCGACUCGAUCGGCGGUGCGAUCACAACUAUCUUCCAGGUGAUGACCUUGGAGGGGUGGACGGACAUCUGCUAUCAGAUCCAAGACACUGUUGGCUUCUGGAACUUCCUGUACUUUGUUCUCCUGGUUUCUCUCGGCCCUUUUUUUGCGGUCCAGCUCUUCCUGGUGGUGAUUGCGAUGAGGUAUUCGCAGCUGACGGAGGAGUACAAGAACAAGAGCAGCGAAGUGAAGGUAGAGAAGGUGGUCGAGGAAUUCAUUGCGAACCCUGCAGAAGGCAAAUCUGCAAAGGUUGCUCCAGAGUCGUCCGUACACUCCCCGUUGAACGCUCGUGAACGGUUCACGAGUAUCCUGAACCAAAAAACACCCAAGAAGACAGGGCUGUCUUGGUUGAAGUUCAAGCUCAGACUCCUUGCCAAGUCUCCUGCGUUGACAAACUUCAUUCUUGGAGUGAUUACAGUCAACACCGUGUGCAUGGCGACUGGAGGGAUCUGCACGUACGAACAAGAUUGGUGCCCAGGAUUUCACGCUUCUCUGCAAAUCAUGAAUCUUAUCUUCACCGCUUGUUUCGUUGGGGAGAUGUUGAUCAAGAUGAUAGGGCUGGGCACCACCUUUCGAUUUCCCUUCCUCAAGUACUUCCAGUCCGGCCUCAACAUCUUCGAUUUUGUGAUUGUUAUGGCGAGCGUUGUCGAGCUGCCGUCUUACUACAACUGCGACGGGAACGGGGCUACAUCCGUGCUGAGGGCCUUCAGGCUGGUGCGUCUGACUAAGUUUCUACGGGCCAUGCCAGACCUGCAGAAACAGAUUCGCAUCCUCGGAUCCGUGAUGAAGUCCGUCAGCGCGCUCAUCGGUCUGAUCCUGAUGAUGCUCCUCAUCUACACGAUCCUGGGGAUGAAUGUGCUGGGCGGGAAGAUGAUCGACCUGCUCGCCGUGGAUGGUGAUCCAGUCCUGAAUGUGCCUAAAAUUGUCUCUGCCUCGCCACGAUUCCACUUCGACGAUCUAGGACAUGCCUUCUUGACUUCGUUCCAGGUCAUGACCAUCGCCAACUGGAACGAUGACAUGUACACAGCAGUCGCAAACGCGGGGGCAGCGAGCGGAUUCUGGUUCUACAGCCUGAUUGUUUUCGGGAACUGGAUUCUGUUCAACCUGUUUGUAGCCAUUCUGAUCCAGAAGUUCGGAGAGCUGAAGGCGCAGGCGAUAGAGCAGAAUGAGGAGCUCAUGCAGAAGCAGCUGAUGGAGAAGCUGGGGCAUCUGGAGGAGGGGGAGCUGGGAUCGAGGAUCGAAGAGCUGUUCACUGAGAUCGACAAGGAUGGGUCAGGGGAGAUCGACGUGUACGAGUUCAACGACGCGCUGGUCAUGCUGGGGAUCAACUACUUCAGCAACAAGCCGAGGGACCUCAAGAAGCUGGUGCAGAAGUAUGACACGGAUGGGACCGGCAGGAUCAGUUUCGAUGAGUUUCCAGUGCCCGUGGAGGUGGUGGAGAAGAAAUCCUGCUUCUGCUUUCCUCCCAACUCGAUUGUGCGCAAGGGCUGCAAGGCGGUGAUGGUGAACAAGUACUUCGAGAGGUACAUCCUGCUCUGUAUCCUCAUGAGCACAAUCUGCCUCGCGAUUCAAAACCCGUACAUUUCUGACACGAGCGUGAUGUCCGCCUUCCUCAACAACGCCAACUACAUCCUAAACGCCUCCUUCACCCUGGAGAUGAUCUUCAAGAUCGUCGCGCUCUCCUUCCCAACUUACAUCAAGUCUGGAUGGAAUCGGCUUGACUUCUUUCUUGUUGUCACCAGCGACAUCGAUGUCCUCUUCACCGUCAUCCUCAGCGGGCUCAACGUCAACCUUGGGGCCCUUAAGAUCUUCAGAAUCUUCAGGAUCUUCCGAGCCCUUCGCCCCCUGCGCAUCUUGUCGCGAGCCAAGGGGCUGCGGGUGCUGGUGAUGACAAUGGCGAGCGCCGUGAAGCCGCUCAUGAACACUGGGAUCCUCUGCGUGGCGUUCUGCAUCGUGUUUGGAAUCUUGGGGAUGCAGCUGCUGGAAGGGAAGAUCGUCUGGUGUAGCGACCCGACGGUGUGGACGAUGAUGGAGUGCGUGGGGUUGGACUCGGAUGGGAAUGCGCGGCAGUGGACGCACUACAGCUUCAACUUUGACAACCUGGGGAGCGCGAUCCUGACGCAGCUGAUGCUGGCAAGCCAGGACAACUGGCCGAACCACUUCUGGUCAGGCGCCGACACCACGAGCAAGAUCACGGGGCCUGAGGAGAACAACCAGCUCUUCAUGGCGUCGAUCUUCUACAUCGUCUCCCUGCUGGUGGCCGGUGCUGUGAUAGUAAACAUGGUGGUGGGCGUGUUUGUAGACUGCUACUUCGCUUCCAUGGAGGACUACACCAAGACCGCUGCGGAGCCGACAAAGAUUGUCCUGAAGCUCCCCGAGGUGUUCGACGACCCUACGUCGGGGAUCCGGCUGAAGGCGUUCAGAGUGAUCAGCCACUCCAAGUUCGAUCUCUUCAUCGCCUUCUUCAUCAUCACCAACGUGCUCACCAUGUCGUUCGAGAGCUUCAAGCCCAGCGACUGGCAGAACCGAUUCCAGAAGGUCUGCAAUUUCUUCUUCACGUUCAUCUUCGGCGGGGAGUGCGUGCUCAAGAUACUUGCGUUCCACCCCAAGAGAUACUUCAGGGGCAACUGGAACAAGUUCGACUUCUUCAUCGUGAUGACGAGCUUCAUCGGCAUCAUGAUUGACAACGCCGGUGCGGCUCUCGGAUUCAACCCCACCAUCCUCAGAAUUCUCAGGAUCUUCCGUAUCUUCCGCAUCCUCCGCGCCUUCCGCAUCUUCAAGACUCUCAAGGGCCUGCAGGCCAUCGUGGCGACGCUAGGGAGCUCGCUGCCAGCCAUCGGCAACCUCGUGGGAGGCCUCUGCCUCCUCUUCUUCAUCUUCGGCGUGCUCGGCGUGAACCUCUUCGGCAGCAUGUGCGUCUCAGGGGACGAGGGGCAGCCGGACAACCUGGGGAUCCGGUGCAUGUUCACCGACCCCGACUACCUGCUGGAGAGGCACGCGCACUUCCAGGGGGUCGGCAUGGCCCUCCUGACUCUCUUCAGGACUGCCAGUGGGGACAACUGGGGGGCGCUCCUGCCCAUCUUCGGGCUCGCUGCCCCAGCAAGGACGCCCGUGCCGCAGGACGUGUGGGACCUGUACGUGUCCAAGUUCGGUUACGAUCCCUCGGCAGGGUGGAAGCUGCACGCGAGCGCGAACUUGACGCAUUUCUCGCAGCACUCCUCAGACGCCGCCAUGUACAUCGCCGCCAACGCGCUUCUCAAGAGGAACGAGUCCAUGACCCUGUACGGGGAGGACACUGAGAACUGGAUGAACCUUGCUCAGCUGGCGCUCCCUAUGUGCCUCACGGACUCGGAGGCAAGCUUCCUCGAGGAGAUGGGACUGAUGAAUUGCUCCACC